CAACAACAAAAUUCAAGCCCCAAAUAACCCCUUACUUCCUUAAUAAACCUUACAGAAAUCUAAUAAUCUAGGGUUUGUCAAAUUCUUUCAACAAACCAAACCUUCACUUUCACUCACAUAUCUUCACCAUGGGUCGUAUGCACAGUCGUGGUAAAGGUAUAUCAGCUUCAGCUCUACCAUACAAGAGAACUCCUCCAAGUUGGCUUAAGACCUCCGCUCCAGAUGUUGAGGACAAUAUCUGCAAGUUUGCGAAGAAAGGAUUGACACCUUCACAAAUCGGUGUGAUUCUUCGUGAUUCUCACGGAAUUGCUCAAGUCAAGAGUGUCACCGGAAGCAAGAUUUUGCGUAUCCUCAAAGCUCACGGGCUUGCUCCCGAGAUCCCAGAGGAUCUAUACCACCUUAUUAAGAAGGCAGUUGCCAUCAGGAAGCAUUUGGAGAGGAACAGAAAGGACAAGGAUUCCAAGUUCCGCUUGAUUUUGGUAGAGAGUAGGAUUCACCGCCUUGCUCGUUAUUACAAGAAAACUAAGAAGCUCCCCCCUGUCUGGAAAUAUGAGUCUACAACAGCCAGUACACUUGUAGCUUAGACUGAGACAUGGAUGGAUUAGCUUUGAGAAGAUUGACCAGCUGAAGUCUUCUCUAUGUUUUAGAAUAGUCGUGAGGUCCAUUUUUUAAAUUUAAUUAUUGUGGUGAUACUUAAUGGUUGUAGUUUUCUGGAUACAUUCACCAAGUUUUACUAAAUGUGACAAAUAGAUGCUUAAAUUUA